AUGAACCCCCAUCGCUUCCUCGCAUUGAACCGUUCCCCUCUCCAAACCAGCCAAGUCAAAGUGCGUUCCUACCUGCUCUACCUCGACACUUCGCACAACACGCUCUACACUGUUCUGCUCAACAUCUACCAAUCCAUGGCCAUUGUCGCGAUCAAAUUCGAGGCCUACGUGCGGGAAUGGAAGCAAGCUCGCACGAGGACGAGGAAGGAUUUCUUCUUGGGUGCCGUGAGGGGUACGGUGGGGUAUGGGUGGAGUUUGAUUCGGUUCAGAUGUGGUGGGAAGAAGGCGAAGAAAGUUGGGGCCGAGUUUGGGGUGGGUAAGAAUGUGGUGCUUUGGUGAGUUGGCGAUCAAGUUCUGGUUGCUCGCCGAGCCCAACCCGUUUCGAGCACAGGACUGAUGUUGGGCUUGGAUAGGUUAUCGACCCGAGCCUUCAUCCACGUCCUCUCCUACCGGCUCAACGUCUGGUCCUGGGUCGUGAAUGAACUCGAAGCGGAUCUGAUCCUCCUCCCCCUAACGCACGAAGAACGUUCUCUCGUCCGUUCCGUCGCAAGGGACGAUGGGAACGUGUUCAUCGAAAAGACGUUGCAGAGGACGCGGAGGGCGUACUUGAGAUGA